CGAAGCAGGAGUCAUUAUCACAACAGUAUCUCAGUUAUCUUCUGCGAUUGUCUCCUUUUUUUCACUACGAAUCGACGGGCAUAAAAAUAGAAAUCACUUCCCGAUAAUUCAAGACCAACACAAGAGAUAUUCGUACUUGAGGGCAGAACUACUCCGGAUUUCAUAAAAGCAUUUCAUCAUGGAAGCCAUGGAUAUAUGCUUGGCAACAACAAAGGAAAUAUCCUAUCUGAUUCUGAAUCAUCCCAUUUAUUCGGCUAUUGGAGCCUUCAUCUGCUUCGUGAGUUUGCUGAAAUUUUACUGCCGCCUUACUCUGGGAGUGUACGACGGUGACCACGACCUUGCAGGAAAAACCGUCCUCAUAACAGGAGCAUCGGCCGGAAUAGGCAAGGCCGCUGCCUAUGACUUCGCCCGGAGGAGAGCCCGCGUCCUUCUCGGCUGCCGCAACCUGGGCAAGGCUGAGCGAGUGGCCCGAGAGAUCCGCUCGGCUACCGGCAACGAUAACGUGGUGGUCAAGCAGCUGGACUUGUGCUCCUUCAAAUCGGUGAGGGAAUGCGCACGAAAUGUGAUAGAAACGGAACAGAAGCUCCACAUUCUUGUCAACAAUGCGGGGAUUGCAGGGCACAAGCGAAAACUCACAGAAGAUGGAUGUGAAAUGACGAUGCAGUCAAAUCAUUUCGGCCACUUUCUUCUCACGCUGUUGUUACUAGAUCUCCUGAAGAAGUCGGCUCCCAGUCGCAUCAUCAACGUUUCUUCCGAAGCUUAUCAGAUGGCCAAUUUGGACCUCGAAGACUUAACAAAUGAGAAAAACUCCGCCGAUAUUAAAGUGUACGCUAACAGCAAGCUGUGCAACAUUUUAUUUACCAAAGAACUUGCACAAAGGUUGCUAGGAACAGGUGUCACCGUCAACGCCUUGCAUCCCGGCUGCGUUAAGACGGACAUUAUGAAUAAUUCCGAAGGUUUAUUUGCUCUCAUGACUCUGUUUAUAUUCGCAACCGUGGGAAAGACAAUGGAGGAAGGUGCUCAGACAACUGUCCGCUUAGCCGUCGAUCCAGAUUUAGAGAAGACAACAGGGAAAUACUUUAUGGAUUGCAAAGAGAAAGCAGUGAAAGGCAAAGCCAAUGACAUGAAGCUUGCAAAAAGUUUGUUCGAAUUGAGCGAGAAGAUUGUGGGCGUGUCAUUCCCUCAAACGUGAAGCCGCCGAAAUUCAAAAAGAAACUAAGGAUUCUAGGCAAUAUAUUUGAUCUGUGAAUUCUACUUCACAGAACAACUCUGAUGACAAAUCAACGAACUCUUUAAAUUAUACACUUCAACGAUCCGUCUUAUUUUGAUAAAUGUAAACUUCAUUUUGCAUGAAAGAAUUUGUGAAAAUAGUAUUAAAUUAGUGACCAGUGCUCUAUUGUUAUGUUUAAUAAUGUACUUAAAAUUGCUAUAGUUAAAAUUUCUUCCACUAAAAUGAUUUCUUGAAUUAACCGAAUUCAAUAUUUUGCUCUUACGUUUCAUUUAUAUUAAUAACUGAAGGAAUUUAUUGAAAUAAAAGCUAAAAUUUGAGAAAAUUUAGAGCCAAUAUCAUUUAAUUAUACUGAUUUUUAUUUCGUUGAGUCGAUACUAGUUAAGAUAUAAGGAAUGUACAAUUUACUAAUAUAUUUUUCCAUUUCUUAUGUUUUUCUUUAAAAAAAGCUUCUGUAAAUAAUCAAUUUGUUAUAAAUAAAAGUCUUAUUCUUUGUA